AUGGCGGUCAGAUGUCAGAUUGUGCUGGACCAGGAGAACGACCACUCUUUGAUACGUUGAUUAGGAACGCGUCACCCGUUAUUCGCGCGGAUUUAUUGAAAGGCCCUGCAAAGUUGUCUGCAGUUAACUAUUAUUUUACGGAUUACCACUUUGGUAUUUACUAUUUUUACAUCAAAACCUCCUGGUUAUACGUUUUACACCUACUGAUGGAUUGUUCUUAAACACUUUGUGAGGGUACAACUUGUAUUGACAUGGCAGAGGAUUUGCCUGAUGCUAAUGAUACAAUGAGUAGUCACUGUUUUGUAUGUGACAAAGAUUUGUCCCACUCAAGAGAUAAUAAUGCCCUUUUACUGUCCAAUCACACGGAAUACUCACGCACUGGGCUUCCAACAAAAAUUGGACAGUUAAUGGGAGAUGGUUUCAUGGUGGUAGUAACAGCCUGUGAUGAAGCCUGCACUCGAUGCUAUGAUCUAAUAAAUUUAUUGGACAAACUUGAGGUGGAUGUUGAUAAAGUUCGACGCCUAAUAACCAGCUAUCUUCGUAAGAAAUAUGGUCUCCUUGAAAUUAUUAAAGAAGAACCUCCAGAUUCUGAAGAUCAAGCUUUAUUGUUUGAUGAAAAGGCUAAACUCAAUCUAGAAGAAGAUGUUAACCAGAUCAUGUAUGGGAAAGGUGGACAUCUGGACAUUGAUUUCAAAACAUCUUUAAUGGAGGAGAAUUCUAGGAUAUGUGAUAUGCUUACUGCUUUAAAUGCAAAGCAACAGCCUUUAGCCAUUCCCUUAAAGCCUACACCAUCUAAGGUUUGGAAGUGCAAAAGUUGUGGUUUGAAAUGUAAAUCAUCAAAGGAACUAAGAAAUCAUGAAAAGUCUCAUGUCUCCAUUUCUCCCAAAAAGUUUCUCUUUGGGUGUAGUAUGUGUGAUUUCAAAGCUAAUACAAAGCUAGAACUCAGUGAGCAUUCUCGAAAACAUGUUUUUCCUAAGUCUUUUGAAUGCGAGGUGUGUAGCAAGUGUUUUACUUCCCAAGUGGCGUUAGAUGAGCAUGCUAGUACACACAAGAUAUAUCAGUGUGCAGACUGUGGGGCUGCUUAUGAACAAAUAGAAAGUUUAACAGUUCAUGAAUGUAUAACCCAAGAUAUCCCUGACGAGUCCUCAGUAAUAUGUGUGAUAAAAGUUGAACAGAAUGAAGCUCCUGAUCCCACUAGAAAUGUCCCUGAUCAACUACCUUCAGAGGAAAAUUCACAAUCAACUGACUUUGACUCAUUAUGUCGAGACACACUUAGAGAAGAAUCAGAAUUCUCUGAAGUAUCAGUUAAUGUUGAAACUGAAGCAUCUAAAGAAGAAAACAUGUUUUCGCAGAAACCAGAUCCAUCAUCUGCUGAGGUAGAUAUUGUGAAACAAAUAGAGACGGAAGGUGAUGCAGAUGAGGAAAUAGCCUCUGUAAUUGGGUUGUUCAGUGGUGAUGAUCAAUUUCACAUGGUGUCAGAAGGCACUGAAGGUGAAAACAUUGAAGAAAUGGAUGAAGAAGAUGAGGAUGAAGACUACUUGAAUGAUGGAGGAGAGGGCUUUGACCAGGAUGUUGAGUCUGGUAAGAAUGGUAACAAAAUUUUUGUGAAUGGUGUUGAAGUUUCCUUUGCUGAUAUAGUUGAGCAAGAGGGUGAAAAUGACAAUGUCUUAGCUGUUGAUUUGGUGUCAGCUGAACUUGAUGAUCAACCAGUCGAGGCAAAGGAUAUAGAGGGGCAAGAGGGUAAACCUAAAAUUUUUGUGUGUUCAAUUUGUAAGUUCCGCACAGAAGAUCAGGAUGAAAUCCAAAAGCAUUUGGAGUCUCAUAGCAUUACCUUUGCCUUAGAAUGUGAAAUAUGUCAGAUGAAGCUAAAAAAUCAACGUACCUAUGACAAACAUAUGCAAAGACAUUUAACUCUUAAAAGUCCUGUGCCAGUAGCAUGCACAGUCUGCAAAGAAAUAACAGCUGACAAAUUUGCUCUGCGAAAGCAUAUGCUUGACAACCAUCCAGAGAUAUUUAAAUGUCAGUUCUGCCAUGAAUCUUUUGAAUCAAUACGAGCACGUCGAAAACAUGAAGCAACGCAUGAUGCUGAGUCUGAAAAAACCUGUGAAGAAUGUGGAAAAUCUUUUCGUAAACUUUCGCAACUUAAUUUUCAUAAAGAAUAUGCUCAUAGAGAAUUAAAAUGCCAGCAUUGUGAAAAACAAUUUGACACUAUUAAAAAACUGAGGGAUCACGAAAGACGUCAUGUCCAAAAUAAUGAAGGAUUUCCGUGUUCUCAAUGUGAUAGAGUCUUAAAAACAGCUGCUGGUCUGAAAUUGCAUUGUGCCAAGCAUACUGGACAGUACAAAUUUUGUUGUGAUGUGUGUGGUCGUGGCUUUAUGUCAAAAGCAAUUCUAGAUGAACAUAUGGGUCGUCAUACUCAAGAAAAACGGUAUACAUGUGAUGUAUGUGGGAAAAUGUUUGUAUUUAACAGUACCAUGCGAAUACAUCGAAGAUGGCAUGAUAAUCCUCUUCCUUACAAAUGUAAAACUUGUGGUCAAAGGUUCCGGCACACUUCACUUCUUUCAGUCCAUCGGAGAAGAAUGCAUACAGGUGAAAGACCAUAUAAAUGCCCUUACUGUGCUCUCACGUUUACUGUGAGCAAUUGUUUAAAAAGACAUGUUGUGCUGCAUACUGGUGCUUACCCAUACUUUUGUGAACCUUGUGACAAAGGCUUUACCACUAGACAAAAAAUGGCUGUGCAUCUUGCUAAAGUUCACAAUAACAAAGAUAUGCUGAAUACCAAACCUCCAGCAUGUGAAUAUAAAAUGGUAAUUCCAAACACUCCUAUUCAAGCUCCUCCAGAACUUAGUGAUGUCAAAGACCUUGAUGUACCAAUGGAGGGUGUUGAGCAUGUGGGUGAAGUUCAUCAUGUCAUCAUUCAAAGUGACGAGCAACAGUUGGAAGCAGAAGGUAAUAUCCAACUGCAAAUUAUUACUAUGGACCCUGAUCAUGGAUUUUCAUCAGUUUUUGAAUAAUUAUUAUAAACAUGCUUUGUAUUCAGUAUUUUGUUUCUCAAAGUGUCACUAGCAUUACUGAAUGCUAUUAAAUUAGAUGUGGUAUUCAUUUCUGUUAUGAAUGAAACUGGCUCAAAACUCUCAAGUGUUUGUUAAUUUCUGUACUUCUCAAAUUGUAUAAACUGCACCGAAAUGUUAUUGAAGCUUAAUUUUGUCUCUACUAUCAUAGACUGCUCAAAAGCUGUUCCUAGUCUCUCAGAAAUGUUAUUAGGACAUUAUUCCAUCUUUGUUCUUUGUAUGGUUUUUAUGUUUAUGAUUGCUUUCUAACUUAUUUAUGAACUGUCAAACUCUAGAGAUGAAAAUGAACAUCAAAUAAUCCCAUUGAUAUUACUCACAAUUAUUUUCUUUUGUUACUAGGAAACCUAGUACUUAAACUCUUGCUGUAUUGCCCCUGAUGUACUGUAUGUUAAUAAUUGGUUGUGUAAAAAGUUAAAGGAUUUAUUGAAAAUGCCCUAGUCUACCUCAACAAUGUUGUGGUUUAACAAAUGUUUGGCCAGUAGUUUAUUGUACUAUAUAGGUUUUAAUAAUGAGAUGCCAACAUGAA